AUGGUCACUAAACUGUUCCAGCAUUGGAGUUUCGCAGUCUUCCUGCUGAGUUAUUCUGUCCCCUGUUAUGGGAGAUCACUAGAGGGGACCAGCCGCAGACUCAAAAGAGCUGUAUCAGAGCAUCAGCUACUGCAUGACAAAGGGAAGUCUAUCCAAGAUCUACGAAGGAGGAUCUUCCUUCAAAAUCUCAUUGAAGGUGUUAACACAGCAGAGAUCCGGGCUACUUCAGAAGUUUCUCCAAACCCUAAGCCUCCGACUAACACAAAGAACUACCCUGUCCGAUGUGGCAGUGAAGAUGAGGGUAAAUACCUAACUCAGGAGACAAACAAAGCUCAGACAUACAAAGAGCAGCCCCUGAAGACACCGGGAAAGAAGAAGAAACCAAAGCCUGGAAAACGCAAGGAACAAGAAAAGAAAAAGAGGCGAACCCGCUCAGCAUGGCCAAAUUCUAGAGGGUCUGGUAAUGGUAAUGAAGGGGUCCCCCUCUUGGACAUCUCUGGUACUACACAUGAUCACAAUUUAAGGUAA